AUGGCUAGUGCAGAUGAUUACUUUAGUGAUUUUGAAGAUGACGAACUGGAUAAACUGUAUGAAAAGGCUAUCAACAAAUCGGUCAAAGAAACUAUAACGAGACGCGCUGUACCGGUUCAAAAAGAUCUCCAUAAUAACGUUUUACCUGGGCAGAAAACUGUGUACGAAGAAAUUCAAAGACAUGUCAGUUUCGGGCCUACGCAUCAUGAGCUGGAUUACGAUGCUUUAUCGUUCUACGUGUACCCUACAAAUUACGAGAUAAGGGAUUAUCAGUAUACAAUUGUUCAUAAAUCUUUGUUUCAAAAUACAUUAUGCGCCAUCCCUACGGGUAUGGGUAAAACGUUCAUUGCCAGUACUGUAAUGUUAAAUUAUUUUCGUUGGACCAAAAAAGCUAAAAUAAUCUUCACUGCUCCUACUAGGCCUUUGGUGGCCCAGCAAAUUAAGGCAUGCUUAGGUAUAACAGGAAUACCUUCGGAUCAAACUGCUAUCUUACUCGAUAAGAGUAGGAAAAAUAGAGAAGAAAUUUGGGCUAAUAAGAGAGUUUUCUUUGCCACACCGCAAGUGGUGGAGAAUGAUUUGAAGAGAGGUGUUUUGGAUCCUAAGGAUAUUGUGUGUCUUGUCAUUGACGAAGCUCACAGGGCUACUGGCUCCUACGCGUAUACAAAUGUGGUAAAAUUCAUAGACAGGUUUAAUUCAUCAUACAGAUUAUUAGCAUUGACUGCUACACCGGCUUCUGACUUGGAGGGUGUCCAAGAAGUGGUUAAUAAUUUGGAUAUUUCCAAAAUCGAAAUUAGAACUGAAGAAAGUAUGGAUAUCGUGAAAUAUAUGAAGAAAAGAAAAAAGGAAAAAAUUGAAGUACCUCUUUUGUUAGAAAUUGAAGACAUAAUCGAACAAUUAGGUAUAGCUGUCAAGCCUGUGCUUCAACAGGCUGUAGAAUUGGGUAUAUAUGAGGAAUGUGAUCCUUCACAAAUAAACGCCUUCAAAGCAAUGCAACAAAGCCAAAAAAUCAUCGCUAACCCCACUAUACCUGAAGGAAUUAAGUGGCGGAAUUUUUUUAUUUUACAGCUAUUGAAUAAUGUGGGACAAAUGCUGAAAAGAUUGAAAAUUUAUGGAAUAAGGACAUUUUUUAAUUACUUUCAGAAUAAAUGUACAGAAUUCACUACGAAAUAUAAUCUUAAAAAAUCUACUAAUAAAAUUGCAGCUGAGUUUUAUUACCAUCCAAUUUUGAAAAAUAUUAAAAAGCAAUGUGAAAAUUAUUUAAGUGAUCCGAAAUUUGUCGGUCAUGGGAAACUACAAUGUGUAAGAGAUGAACUAAUGGAAUUUUUUCAAGAAAGGGGUUCUGACUCGAGGGUUAUUAUUUUUACAGAACUUAGAGAAAGCGCACUUGAAAUUGUGAAAUUCAUAGACUCGGUAGCCGACAAUCGAAUCAGGCCUCAUAUUUUUAUUGGACAAGCUCGUGCAAAAGAAGGUUUUGAUGAAGUCAAAUACACAAGAAAACAUGCGCCAAAGGGAAGGAAGAAGAUGGAGAGAUUGAAAAGGCAAGAGGAAGAGGAAUUUUUGGAAGCUGAACGAACUAAAAAAGUGGAAAAUGAUAAACUUGAAAGAAGUGCCAGAAGAACGGGGAGCUCUGAGGAGGCACAGGUUAGCGGAAUGAACCAAAAAAUGCAAAAAGAGGUUAUCCAUAACUUCAAAAAGGGUGAAUAUAAUGUUCUAGUUUGUACAUCUAUUGGAGAAGAAGGUUUGGAUAUUGGGGAAGUUGAUUUAAUAAUCUGCUAUGACACUACAAGUAGCCCAAUCAAAAAUAUCCAGCGUAUGGGUAGAACAGGUAGAAAGCGGGAUGGUAAAAUAGUAUUACUGUUUAGUAGUAAUGAAUCAUACAAAUUUGAGCGAGCUAUGGAAGACUAUUCAACUCUUCAAGCGCUUAUAUCCAAACAAUGCAUUGACUACAAAAAAUCGGACCGAAUAAUCCCUGAAGACAUUAUUCCAGAGUGUCGCGAGACGUUGAUCACGAUUAAUGAUGAAAACGAAGUAAUCAAUGAAAUGGAAGAUGUUGACGAAGUUAUUCGUUAUGCCACCCAGUGUAUGAUGGGCAAAAAAGUAAAGCCAAAAAAAACCAUAGUAAGGAAAAAGAAAGUUCAGGAAAAUAAAAUGACGAAGAAGUUUUUUAUGCCCGAUAAUGUUGAAACCAGUAUUGUUAGUGCAAGUAGUUUACUUAAUAAGUUCUUGGUGAAUGAAAGUGGUGGGAAACAACUGGUAACAAAAAAUGAAAACCCUAUCAAGAGGCAGAAAAUUUUUAAAGCUUUGGAUAAUCUGGAAAAUGAUUCAACUGAGGAAGUUUCUUCUUCAUUAGAAACUGAAGAUGAGGAAAUCAGCGAUAAUAAUGAUGUCCUUAUUGCGAAUGGACGGAAUGGACGCCAAAAAGAACUGGAGGCUGUCAUUGACCCUAUUGAGGAGAAUCUUGGCCAGCGAAAGCCACUUCCUAAUUUUCAACACCCUAGCAUGGCUAUAUUUGUGAAUGAUUGUAGUUUUCCAGCUAAAAUCGAGGAAAAUAUGGAAGACAUCCGAGAAAACCAACACAGUUUUGAAAAGGGAAAGAAGUGCAUUGAUGACAAGAAAAACCUGGUAUUAACAGUAGACGACAGAGAUCUAUUCAGAAGGCAUUAUAUGCCAGAGGGGGUUUCCUUUGAUGUUGAGCCUAAUCUUGUACAAUACACCAAAGGUGUAAAAGUUCCACACUGUCAAAAGGUUACAGAAAUCAUCUCAUUGUUUGACGAAGAGAGGAAUGAUAAUAAGAAGAGAAUAAUUGAUAUGAACUAUACCAAAUGUUUGGCGAGAAGCCUGUUACGGGACACACAAAAACUCUGGAAAAAUAACGACAAAAACCAAGUGGAUAAUAGCGUCAACCACGAUUCAUCCCAAUCUUUGAUCUUGUCGAACGCAGAACUAGACGACAUACUGGGCUCAGAUUCAGAUUUUUGA